AUGUGUGAAAUAUUGGGGACCGUAUCCGGAUUACUAAUUCUGCGUUCUUACAAGACAGGCAUCACAACUAACCCGAGGUUCCAAAAUACUCCCGAAAAAACAGAGAAGGAAGGAGACACAGUGUACGGGCGAAAUUUGUCAAUCAGAAGUGAUCGUAUAUCCAUUACUGUGAACUUGACAUCCCUAGAAAGCAUGGUAUUUCUGAAAGUAUUAAUUGAAGAAAAUGCCGCAUCAGUUGCCAGAGCGGAAUCCCUGAUCUUCCAUGAUCCUUCAACUAUCGACACAACCAAGAAAAGUACCAAUAAAAACUACACCAAACCUGGAUUUCUAAAAUCACUGCUCUCUACAACUGAGUCAGCUGACUUGUCAUCUAAUGUCCAAGUUAAUACUGACUUUGGAACACACCAAGAAUAUCAUGGUUGGUUGGUCACGGGUACCAUUUUAGUUUUUCUCGUUGUCACAUCUCUUUUCAUCUGGAAAUUCAAACCUGGAAAAAACAAGAUGAUGUCCACAGACACUUCCGAUAGUACAAAGAAAGGGAAGAAUUUGACAUCAGUAGAGAAUAUUGAAAGGAACAAUAGUGCCAUACAAAUAUCGUCAGAAAUGUCACACAGAGUUGUGUACACAAGCCUUAUUUCAUCAACGGAUCAAACUGAAGAUUACGAGGAACCCAUUCACUUUCCAUUGCCACAAUCUAAUGUGUAUAUUGAGAUUCUUCCAGAUCUGAAGUGGACUGAAUGUAUCCUGUACAGCUCCCCUUGUUUGGAAACACAGCACUGGAAAAAGUACGAAGUCCGUUGUCCCGAGAAUCAGACGAUAUAUAUAAGACAGCACAAUAUUAGAGAUAGCUGUCAGGAUGAAGGAUUAGGAUGUGAUGAAAAGACAGUUAACUCUUGUAGUUCUUCCUUACCACUCAAUAGAACAAUUACAGAUUACCAGACACCAUUUACAGAGUCUGUAAAUAAAUGCAAUGGCAAAAGGGAGUGCAUCCUGUUCACAGAGUACUUUGAAAGGAUUGAAUCAAAGGAUGGCGCUUUAUGCAGAAACAACCUAAAUACGUCAAUAUUUCAGCGAAUUGAAUAUGAAUGCAUACCAGAUGUCCACGUAGUAGAUAACUGUGUAAGAGAAGUGGACAACCAAACUGAAGUACACGAUAUAUAUCUACGCUUCUCUGUGAAGAACAGGAAUCAUUCUUGUCGUUUGAUUGGCGGGCUAUCAGGAAUAGAAAUUUUACACACCUACAAUUCAGCAUUGCGCCUACUUUUCCAACAUAUUCCUGUUUAUGGUAAGCUGGUUUUAUUCAUUAUGAAGCUUCUCCAAAUACAGAAGGGGUGA